CUCUUACCGGAAAUGACGUAGGUUCGUGUUCGUCCUUUCCAGAAAAAAUGGCAGCUGUUGACAUCGACGUACCGGUGGACACAGACCUUGAAAUCCCUAAUCAGGAUGACUUGGAGCGUGAGGCUGAAGGCUUCAAAGAGCAAGGAAAUGCAUUCUACAGCAAGAAAGAUUACUCCGAGGCUUUCAACUACUAUACCAAGGCCAUAGGUGCCAGUCCCAAAACAGCCAGUUAUUAUGGGAACAGGGCAGCUACCCUCAUGAUGCUCUUCCGCAUUCGUGAGGCCCUAGAAGACUCCCAGCAGGCUGUGCGGUUGGAUGAAUGUUUCAUGAAGGGUCAUCUACGUGAGGGAAAGUGCCACCUGUUGUUGGGAAACGCCAUGGCGGCCAAUCGUUGCUUUCAGAAGGUCUUGGAGCUGGAGCCUAGCAACAGAGAGGCCCUGCAGGAGAAUAAGACUGCCUCAACUCUACUAGAGUACGAACGAAUGGCAGAGUUUGGCUUUGAAAAACGGGAUUUCAGAAAGGUGGUGUACUGCAUGGACCGGGCCUUAGUUGUGGCUACAGCCUGCCACCGCUUCAAAAUCCUCAAGGCCGAGUGUCUGGCUCUGCUGGGUCGCUAUCCAGAAGCCCAGUCCGUUGCAAGUGAUAUCCUUCGAAUGGAUUCCACGAACGCAGACGCACUCUACGUCCGAGGCCUCUGUCUCUACUACGAGGACUGCAUCGAUAAAGCCGUGCAGUUCUUUGUCCAGGCUCUGCGCAUGGCUCCUGACCACGAGAAGGCUCGGUUAGCCUGCAGGAAUGCCAAAGCAUUAAAAGCCAAAAAAGAUGAAGGCAACCUGGCAUUUAAGAGCUGCAGCUAUGACGCUGCCUACAAGCUGUACACGGAGGCCCUGACGAUAGACCCCAACAACAUCAAGACCAACGCUAAACUCUACUGCAACAGAGCCACGGCAGGAGUAAAGCUGAGGAAACUUAAUGAAGCCAUUGAAGACUGCACCAGUGCCAUCAAACUCGAUGAUACCUACAUCAAGGCCUACCUAAGAAGAGCUCAGUGUUUCAUGAACACAGAGCAGUAUGAGGAGGCCGUGCGCGACUAUGAAAAAGUUUACCAGACAGAAAAAACAUCAGAGCACAAGCAUCUGCUGAAGACGGCACAGCUGGAGCUGAAGAAGAGUAAAAGGAAAGAUUACUACAAGGUGCUGGGAGUCGGCAAAAGCGCCACCGAAGACGAGAUCAAAAAAGCGUAUCGCAAACGGGCCCUCAUGCACCACCCUGAUCGCCACAGUGCAGCGACCCAAGAGGUUCAGAAGGAGGAGGAGAAGAAGUUCAAGGAGGUGGGCGAGGCCUUCACUGUGCUCUCCGACCCCAAGAAGAAGAUGCGCUACGACAGCGGCCACGACCUGGAGGACGAAGGCUCCUGUGACGGCGGAGGUAGAGAUUUUGAUGCAAACAACAUCUUCAGGGCUUUCUUUGGCGGCCAUGGUGGUGGAGGUGGAGGAGGACAAGGAGGACAAGGAGGAGGGGGAGGAUAUAGUUUUGACUCUAGUCCAGACUCUGGACCUGGAAAUUUCUUUUUCCAGUUUGGUUAAAGUGAAGGAGCAUGCGGGAAAAUGCCGCCCUGCAGUGGACAGAUUCAAGUUGGACCCACAGUCACCUCCUGACGCUCACACUCCUGAGUGUCUCACAAAAUCUCCCCACUAUUUUCUUUCUUUUUUUAAAGGUGUUUUUGAUUACUCCAUACACUCUUAAACUCUCUGCCCCGCAUUGAUGCUAACAAAAAGUGGAAAGGAUAAUUGAGAGACUUUAGUUAAGAAUUAACAUUGUAAAUAAGAAAGUGCUUAAGAAGUCUUUUUUUUUAGGAGGUUUGGAUCAGCUGAUCAGAGCAUGCCCCUUUUGCCAAAAUCAAAAUGAUACUAAAUUUAAAUCUUGUUAAACUGCCUAUACUUUCAGAAGUAAGCAGUUGGUGGAAAUUAAUUGGAAGUGUAAGCAUCAUGAUUGAUUUUUAGAAGACUUAACAUGGCAUACGUUUUUUUUAAGGUUCUCCUGGGACAGCAUGUCUCCAUAGAGCAAGAGUCAAUAUGCUGUGGAAGUUCAAUGUCUAAACUGACCUCAGGACAGCCUUUAUAGGACAACACCGGUUUCUUGCGAGCGCGUGUUCAGGUUUUUUGGCUCACUCUGCAAAUUUAUAGAAUCAACGUGCAGGGUUUUUUGUUUCUUCUCCAUGCUGCAUUGUAUAUUUGACUCGAAUGUAAAGCGUUUUGUCCAUAAAUGUUUUUUUCUUCUUCAGUUUUCCCUUAGUCUAUUUAUAUUUAUUGUACUGUAUAUCCUAACCUGUAUACAGCAUAAUGCCAGUGUUCAUUGUCUUCCUCCUUUUUUAAGAGACUCAUUUGUAAAUGUUUUUCACAUCAUCUUUGCUUUCAGAUUGCGCAAGUCUUUUUUUUUUUUUUACAGGCCAAAAUACACACACACACACACCUACAGAUUUCCUACUCUCUAAAGCACCGAUAACACAUCUGCCCCAUUGAAAUGUAAUUGGUGCCUUACCAGAAACACCAGAUCAGUUCAUCUUCUUACUAGUACAGCAAAGGCUCAAGAGCAAGUCCUGUUUGCAAAAGGCAGCAUUUACACUUGUAUAGCACGUUGGUUUUUGUUUUUGGGCUCUUUUAAAGGACGUGUUUAACAUCUGGCCAGCGAAGGAAAAUUAUUUUCCGAAACAUAAAAUACUUCAUCUCAUGUGUUGUCAAUCACGCCUGGCUAUCAUCCACCCAUACUUGUAAUGCACGUUCUGUCAGUACAGCUCUUACCCUACUCGACCUGUUUUGAAAGGGGCACUGAUGGUAGGUUGGAAACUUCUAUUGUUAAUUGUUCUAUCACUGAUCUAUGUAUCAUUUUUAAACUUGUCACAGUAUUACUGACAUGCUUUUCUUAUUACGAAAAAUAAAGGCUCGUCUUUUACUGUAAUGUUGGGACUUAUAU